CCGUCCGAUGCCGCCGCCUAUCGCAGCAAUCUGUUUCCUUACGACAACCAGGGCCGGCGUAUAGGCGGUCCGUGCGGGCAGCGGCGGCAGCGGCGGCAGCGGCGGAGGGGAAGGAUGGGGAGGCGCAGCUGUCGGCGGAGGAGGCGCAGGACCUGAGCGACAUUCAGGACAUCCUCGAGACCAUCGAGUUGCUCAAGGAGCGUCGCGACAUGACCGUGCAGGAGAUCCGGCUGGUGCUGAUGAUCGAGGACCCACGUGAGGCGGAGCGGCGGCGGCAGAUGGGCAUCGAGAAUGAAAGUGGGUGCUCCCGCGACGAGAUCGCCGAUGCCUUUCUUGAGGUGUGUGAGGACCGUGUACCAGCAGACCGCAUGGUGCUGCGCAAGCUGGCGCAGGACAUGCGCGACUGGCCGCGCCUGCGGGAGGAGCCAGGCCCUGAGGAUGCAGUGGGGGCAGGGGGCCAGCGCACAUCCCCUUACGCGCAGAUCACCGACGUGGGGCUGCAGGGCGGCGCACAGGCCAACCGCACUCCCGCCGCCUACUCCGCAUCCGCCACGUCAGCACCUGCCACGUCAGCAGGCGGGUCGUCUGCGAGCCAAUGGGACGCGGUGGUGGAGCGAGUGGAGAAGGCGGCGGAGAAGCAGGCAGAGGAGGAGAAGGACCUGAGCAGCAAAGUGCCUUCCUGGGUGCCCUGGCUCCUAUGCUUCCCUCCUCUGUAUCACUCUCACCGUGCCCUGCUUCCCUACCUGUGUGUGUCCUGA